UGAAACCCUAGAGCGACGAGAAGAUCAACUACUGGAAUUGCUCAUCAAUGGCGGAGCAUUUGGCAUCGAUCUUUGGAACGGAAAAGGACAGAGUCAAUUGUCCAUUCUACUUCAAGAUUGGAGCAUGUAGGCAUGGCGAUCGCUGUUCUAGGCUUCACACCAAACCAAGCAUUAGCCCCACUUUGCUGUUGUCUAACAUGUACCAGCGCCCUGAUAUGAUCACUCCUGGUGUUGAUGCUCAAGGAAAUCCCAUCGAUCCUCGGAAAAUCCAGGAUCACUUUGAGGAUUUCUAUGAAGAUCUUUUUGAGGAGCUCAACAAGUAUGGGGAGAUUGAAAGCCUGAAUGUCUGUGACAAUCUUGCUGAUCACAUGGUGGGAAAUGUGUAUGUUCAGUUCAGGGAGGAAGAGUAUGCAGCAAAAGCACUGAAGAACCUUAGUGGAAGAUAUUAUGCCGGUCGACCCAUCAUUGUUGACUUCUCACCAGUGACUGAUUUCCGGGAAGCUACUUGCAGGCAGUAUGAGGAGAACACGUGCAAUCGGGGUGGUUACUGCAACUUCAUGCACCUGAAAAGGAUUGGCAGGGAGUUGAGACGACAGCUGUUUGGUAGGUACAGGAGAAGGCAUAGUCGAAGUCCCAGUAGGAGCAGAAGUCCAUAUAGACAUCGUAGCUAUGAUGAGCGGGGGCAUGGAAGCCGUAGUCAUAGUCGAAGGUAUGAUGACAGGGACAGGGAUUACCACCACGAGAGUCGGUCUAGGAGGCACAGGAGCACAAGCCCUCUUCAUCGAAGAGAACGUAGCAGGAGUUCAGAAGGCAGAAGACACCAUAGUCCAGUUAGGGAAGGUAGUGAAGAAAGACGGGCCAAAAUUGAGCAAUGGAACAGGCAAAGGGAGCAAGCAAAACUCAGCGAGACGAAUGAUGAUGGUGUCGAGAAUAACUAUGAGAGUGAUAAUUAUACAGGGAAGGGUGAUGGAUACUACAAUCAGCAGUCAGAGCAAUAUGAGCACUGAGUUGCUUUUAUUUAUGUUGUCUGGUGGUGUGCAGGUUUACAGUUCUUUGAUUUGGAUUGUUAAAAAUAUUGACCUUGUCUUUUCCUUUUUCUUUUUCUUGAUUCAUUUACAUGCAUGAGUCUGUCCUGAUGAGUUGCAUGCAUUGCACUUUUAAGUAUCCUAACAUAACCAUUAACCGCCACUUACAUGCAUGAGUCUCCUGAUGAGUUGCAUGCAUUGCACUUUAGGAUCCUAACAUAACCAUUAACCACCACCCACAUGAUUUAACACCACCGUUUUGUUCUUCAAUUUAAUUGAUGCCCUUUGCCAUUCAAAAGUUCGAUUUUUCUAUCUCUUACAUUGGAUAUUUGGUGACAAUUCAGAAAACCGGGUAAUAUUUUUCUAUUUGGCCAUAUCUUGUUUCUGUAAUCUUAUACGAGGGGUAGAAAAAGCUAUAGCAGAUUCCAGAAAAAAACUAUUCAGUUUUAGUACCCAAAUUGUUUAUCGGUGGACGCAGGAACUUUAUUCAUACAUGCUUGAUGUGUUGUGCAUUAAAUUUUGUUUUUGCAGUCAGGUUCUCUGUGAUAAGCACGCAUCAAGGCUAGGUGAUCUGUUUGAAUUUUACACAAUAUUUCUGUUUGAUGGAUGUUUUUUAGGCGAAUCAAUCGAGUUUGCAGGUCCAGGUUGGGCUGCUUCUAACAAGAAUAAUAAAAAUAAUGAUGAAUUGUGUUUACAGGUGAUUGUUUUGAUGAUCGUGUGACAGGGAUUUGCAGGGGAAGACGAGAAAUGAUCUGAAUGCAGUGUCUGAUGUAAUGUAGUUAGGGAUGAGAAUUAGUUUUAAGUCUAGAUUAGACAUAGCUGCUACUCAUUCAAACAUGAUCUGAAACCAGUUUCUUGCUAUCUUGAUUUCCAGUUGAAUCG